AUGGCAGCAACAAGAGCAGCUGAACCUUUAGAACGGGGACAAGAUCGACGAGAGGAGGAUCGAGCCAGACAUGCAGCUUCAAGAGCAGCUGAAGAUUCUGAAGAUACACGCACUCGACUUGAUGGUCAACGUGCAAGACAAGCAGCUUCAAGAGCAGCUGAAGGUUCUGAAGAUACACGCACUCGACUUGAUGGUCAACGUGCAAGACAAGCAGCUUCAAGAGCAGCUGAAUCUCCAGAACGGAGACAAGAUCGACGGGAAGAAGAUCGAGCCAGACAUGCAGCUUCAAGAGUAGCUGAGGAUCCAAUACAGAGACGGACUCGAAGUGAAGAUCAGCGUAGACGACAAGCAGCCUCAAGGGCAACGCAAUGGAUAUUUAUGGAAGGGGAAGCGUUUCGGUAUGAUCCAGCCAACAACUAUGGCAGCCAUCCUCAACUUUGUAUUGGACAAAUGAGCGAUGUUUGUCCAUACUGUAAUGCCCUCAAGUGGCAUGCAGAAACACGAGGUAUGUGCUGUUCUGGUGGUAAAAUCUGUGCAACAUUUCGUGAAGCAUGUCAAUUACAUGGAUUACUGGAAGAUGAUCAGCAAUGGGAUGCCACCAUGUCCGAAGCAGCUGCAGCUCAAUCGCCAGCAAGAUUAAGAAAUCUAUUUGCUCUUAUACUAGCUGUUUGUGGACCAUCCAAUCCAAAACAAUUAUGGGAGUCGUACAAAGAAAGCUUGACUGAAGACAUUCUGAGAAAUGCUCGCAGGCAAAAUCCUGGAAUGAAUUUGGAUUAUACACCAGAUAUGUUUAAUCAAGCACUGAUUAUUAUUGAAAAUAAAGUUUUAGAGAUGGGUGACAAAGAACUUGAGAAAUUAGAGCUCCCAACUCCUCAACGAAAUUCGGGUGAUCGAUUAAACAGUGCAAUGCUCAGAGAAACAAGUUAUGAUGUGAAAGAGUUGGAUGCUUAUAUAACAGCAAAUGAGCCACUGUUGGUGCCGGAUCAGAGAGCUGCAUACAAUGCGAUUUUGGAUCAGAUCGAGAAGAAAGCUGGUGGAAUAAUCUUCCUUGAUGCACCUGGUGGAACAGGGAAGAUAUUUGUCAUUAAUUUGUUAUUGGCUAAAACCCGGCAUCAGUCAAAGAUUGCGAUUGCGGUCGCCUCUUCCGGUAUCACUGCUACGCUGCUGCACGGUGGUCGUACUGCGCACUCGACAUUAAAGUUACCUCUUAAGGUUUUGGAAAAUCAAACUCAUCUCUGUAGUAUUACCAAAGGAACUGGCGAAGCAAAGGUUCUGCAAGAAUGUGAACUUAUUGUAUGGGAUGAGUGCACAAUGGCUCAUAGGUAUGCAUUAGAAACUUUGAACCAUACCUUACAAGAUCUUCGUAACAAUGGAAAGAAUAUGGGUGGAGUAGUUGUACUUAUUGCUGGCGAUUUUAGGCAAACAUUACCAGUUAUUCCAAAGGGUACCAUGGCUGAUGAGCCUAAAGCUUGCUUGAAAUCUUCGUAUCUUUGGAGACAUGUUGCAUCAUUAAAACUCAGUACUAACAUGAGAGUGCACUUACAAGAUGACGUAUCUGCCGGCCGUUUCGCUGAACAACUUCUCGCGAUUGGAAAUGGCAAAAUACCUGCUGACCCAGUCAGUGGACUUAUUAACAUUUCAGACAACUUUUGUAAUAUCGUUGAAUCAGUCGAAGAACUCAAGAGUAAAGUGUUUCCAAACAUUCAAACUCACUACAAGGAUCACAAAUGGUUAUGUGAACGUGCUAUUCUGGCUCCGAAAAACGUCAACGUAAAUGCCAUCAGUCUACAAAUUCAGCAACAGCUUCCUGGUGAAGCUAUAUCUUACAAAUCAAUUGAUACAGUUAAAGAUAUCGACAUGGUAGUUCAGUAUCCAACUGAGUUUCUCAAUUCACUCGAACUUUCUGGAAUGCCAUCACAUAACUUGCGUCUGAAAAUUGGAUCUUCUAUUAUGCUCCUAAGAAAUCUGGAUGCACCAAGAUUAUGUAAUGGUACAAGGCUAUGUGUCAAAACUCUAAUGCCUCAUGUAAUCGAAGCAACGAUCAUGACAGGCUGUGCAAAAGGUGAAGAUGUAUUCAUACCAAAAAUACCUUUGCUCCCUUCUGAUAUGCUAUUUGAAUUUACACGACUUCAGUUUCCAGUACGGCUUGCCUUCGCAAUGUCUAUUAAUAAGGCCCAAGGGCAAUCACUUAAAGGUGCUGGUGUCAAUUUAGAAACUCCUUGCUUUUCUCAUGGCCAACUUUACGUGGCAUGCUCAAGAGUUGGAACUGGAAAGAAUUUGUAUGUUUUUGCACCUGAUACGAAAACCAAGAACAUUGUAUAUCAAACAGCUUUGCAAUAAGAAUUGUAUUUCAUUAGACACAGUCUUUUCCUAAUAAAAGUAGUCGAUCAAACAAAAAGAACAUCGAAAAGAAUGAAAACAUUUUCAAAAAUUAAAAAUCACGAAAGCAACAAUUGAAAAGGAAAAGUGAUCUGAACUCAUUUCGCGAUAUCGAAGCCCGAUAACUGAUAGGAGAUCAUAACGAUGUCAUUUCCUAAUAUGUCAAGUAUGUAUUAUCAAAUUAUUUCAACCAACAUCGGGUACUUCCGCUAGUACUAUAUAAGCAAAUGAAGAACACACCAAAUUGUAGAUAAUAGUAU